AUGACUUCAAUUUUCGAUCAGUAUGAGCAAGCGUCUCAUUUAUCCCAAAAGCCAGCACCAGCUUCUGAACAGAUGACUUCUUCAGGUUACAUUAACAUGCAAUUAGAGGACAAUACGCCCCUCUUCUCUAAACAGAGAAUGAAUUUUAAUCCAUCUGAUUUAAUCACCCAUGUAGCUGUUGCUAGUGAUUAUCUAGUACUUGCAAUGGGAAAUGGAAAGUUAUUUAGAAUGGAUUUAAAAGUGCCAGACCAACAAGAAGAAAUACAAUAUUCUAAAAAUGUACAGCCAAACUCAAAGUUAACAUCAAUAUUCCUUGACCCACUGGGACAGCACUUACUCCUAGCAUUUGCAGCUAGAAAUAAAGAUGGCAAUCCAGAGCUUGUUUAUUUGCAUAGGAAAAGCAACAAAUUGAAGUCUGUUAGUAAAUCCAGGAACUAUGAGGUGACAGAAGUUGGAUGGAAUUGGGAAAAUAAAUCAACAACAACUACUGGACCUAUUCUAUUAGGAACAUCUCAGGGACAUAUUUUGGAGAUGGAGUUAGAAGCUGAGAGUGAUAAAAUGUUUACAGCUAGUCAGCAAUAUUGGAGACAGAUUUUUGAUAUUGGUAAAGGGUCAGAUACACCUAUCACAGGUAUACAAUUUCACAGAGUAAACAAAACAAGCAAAUACUUUAUUUUUGUGACAACACCAACUCGUCUAUAUCAGUUUAUUGGUCAUGCCAUGAUUUCUGAUGAUAAACCAUCUCUUCAGUCCAUAUUCCACUCUUAUCUUACUACUCCAGAAACUGGGUUUCAAGAAAUUCCAUCUACUCUUAAAUAUUCCAAGUUACAGUUUUAUUUUGAUAAAAGUAAUAACCCGAAAUCAUUUACUUGGCUCACUGAACCUGGAAUUUUCUAUGGGCAGUUGGACCCUACAUCUCAGCAGAACUCUAAUUCGCUGUUUACACAAAGUGAGCUGAUAAAUUAUCCAUCUCAUGAAGGAGAUGGCAAAGAAACGACUCCACUGUCAUUUGUGUUAACAGAGUUUCAUGCACUAUUAAUGUACUCGGACAGAGUAAAAGGAAUCUCCCUAUUAAACCAAGAAUUAGUAUAUGAAGACAGGUAUAAUUCAGAAGUCCAUGGAAAGCUUAAGAAUAUUGUCAAAGAUCCAGCGAGAAACACAAUAUGGGCUGUGACGGACAAGGCAGUUUUUAGAUAUAAAGUAAACAAAGAAGAGAGAAAUGUGUGGAGGAUUUAUUCUGAAAAGGAGCAGUUUGAUCUUGCCAAACUAUACUGUCAAAAUAACCCAGCUUACAUUGAUAUUAUAAACGUUAAACAAGCAGACAUACUGUUUAAGAAGGGUGAUUAUGAGAAGAGUGCUGCAAUUUUUGCGGAAACUCAAAGUAGUUUUGAAACAAUUUGCUUGAAGUUUCUUGAAAUAGAUCAAAUUAACGCAUUGAAAGUGUACCUUGCUAAGCGAUUAGAAUCCCUCAGUGACGAUGAUAAAACGUUGAUUUCCAUGAUAGUAAUUUGGAUGACUGAGCUGUAUUUAUCACAAUUGGCAUCCUUGCGAAGGUUAGGAAAAGGUGAUUCACAGGAAUACCAUCAGAUUCAAAGUGAUCUAGAAGUAUUUUUGCUUCAACCUAAAGUUGUUCAAUGUAUGCAGCAUGUCAAGUCUAUAGUAUAUGAUUUAAUGUCUUCUUAUGGAGAUAAACAGAAUUUGAUAAAACUGACUGUUAUUAAUGAGGAUUACGAAAACGUAGUCGCUCAGCAUAUUUACAAAAAAUCAUAUCAAGAGGCGCUUGACAUGUUGCAGUCUUUGAAGAAGCCAGAUUUAUUUUACCAAUUCGCUCCCGUUCUUAUGGAGGAAACUCCUAAGAAUACGGUCAAUGCGUUGAUAUCUCAAGGUGCAAAGCUCAGCCCCUCUAAGCUACUGCCGGCGUUUUUGUCCUGCGAAAACGAUGCAAUUCAUGCCUCAGAGAUUACUCGGUACCUAGAAUUCAUGAUGCAAAACUUUAAUGUAAAAGACAAGGCGAUACAUAACUAUCUUUUGACGUUGUAUGUGGAAACAGACAAAGAAGCUUUGUUGCGUUAUUUGGCACGUCAAGGGCAGGAUGUCACUAUGGUUAAUUAUGAUGUGCAUUACGCUUUAAGAUUGUGCCGGGAGAAAGGAGUACCGGAGGCAUGUGUAACAUUGUCAGCCCUAUUGGGUCUUUGGGAGGCGGCACUAGAGUUAGCUCUGCAGGUAGAUAUUUCCCUCGCAAAGACUGUCUCGGCGAUGCCUGAUGAUGUCGCCUUACAGAAAAGGCUUUGGCUUGGAGUGGCUGAACAUGUGAUCACAAAGAAUCAAGACAUUAAAGAGGCUAUGAAUUUAUUGGAGGAGUGUUCUCUUAUAAAAAUUGAGGAUAUCCUGCCCUUCUUUAGUGACGUCACUACGAUUGACCAUUUUAGCGAGCCAAUCUGCCAGUCGUUGGAGGAGUAUAACAAUCAAAUUGAGGAGCUCAAACUAGAAAUGGAAGAUGCUACUAAAUCUGCUGAAUGUGUGCGCAGCGAAAUCCAAUCUUUCAGGAACCGAAGCGCGCUUGUUUCCGUCACUGAUGUGUGUUGCGUCUGCGAUAUUGCGUUGUUGCUGCGGCCGUUCUAUUUAUUCCCCUGCUCGCACCGCUUUCACACCGACUGUCUUCUUGCGCAUGCGCAGCCCCUACUACCUCCAUCUCGUCGCAAUAAAUUAGCUGAUCUCCAACGCCAACUAGCUGUUCUGUCCAACAUAGAGCUAUCUACGGUCACAUCUAGCGGGCUACCGUUUCGAGAAGUACUCAGAAACGAAAUAGACGACAUCAUAGCCAGUGAAUGCAUGCUGUGCGGAGAACACAUGAUAUCCUGCAUCGACCGUCCUUUCAUCUCUGAUGAGGAUUGGGAUAAAGUAAUGAAAGAGUGGGAGUGA